AUGUCGACGCGCGCGAAAUCGAUCGCCGCGGCGACGCUCGGCGUCGUUUUCGUCGCGCUGUGCGCUGUGCGCGCUGAUGGAUUCGCAAUCGAGCCGCGGUGCGUCGACGACGCGCGACGCUACGACGACGUCACGCGACGCGCGCUGACGACGCGGGCGACGUGCGCGGACAUCGCGCGCGGCGCGGAGGCGCUCGAAGCGCUCGGAGCGUCGACGUGCGGUGCGGUGGGCGCGCGCGCGCGAUUUCUGGCGGCGAAGCUCAACGCGGCGACGGGCGCGUGGGACGACGCGAAGCGCGCGCUCGCGGGCGACGAGACGAGCGAAUUAUGGAAAACAAUAGAUGAGAUGUCGCGCGCGGCGCGGGUGGGGUCGGAGGCGGGAAGACGAGGGGAUUGGGUGAAGGCGUACGCGGCGGCGAACGCGGCGGUUGAGGCGAGCGCGUGCGCUUUGGAUCCGAGGACGUUUCAAGCGCGCGCGCGCGCGGCGUUGAAGUUGGCGAUGCACGGAAGGGCGUUCGUGGAUGCGAAACGCGCGCUCGCGCUGGGGGGGGGGAAGUCAGAGGCGUACGAGACGAUGGCGACGGCGUUGAGCGAGUUGGCGGAUUCCGCCGAGCGGUUAGCCGACGCCGAGACGCUGGCGCGGCGUUGUUUGCGGUACAGCCCGGACAACGUCGAGUGUUUGGUAGUUAGAAAAAAUAUUAGGCGAGCGCUGUUGGUUUGGCGCGAAGCGAGCGAUGCGGAAUCGCUCGGGGAUUGGAGUUCGGCGAUCGACGCUCUGAGGGAGCUGCGAAACGCGACGCGCGGCGGCGCGUUUGAGGCGUUGAAAUUCGACGCGCUCGUCGCGUCGUGUCGCGUGAAUGGUAAACGAGAACGCGCGCGUUGGGAGACCAGCACGACGAGAAAGAGGGUUCCCGCCAAACUCGUCGCGGAUGCGAUCGAUCAGUGCACAGACGCGUUGUCCGAGCUCAUGUCGCGCUGCGGCGAAAGUCGCGUCGACGACGUCCCGAAUUCGUAUUACGCUCGCGCGUGGAUGCGCGCGCUGAGCGCGAACGUAGAUGGUGCGAUGGCCGACGUAGCGGGGAUUGAACGUUCGGUAGAUGUAUCGUCCGACGAUUGGAAGGCGAACGUUGAGGCGUUGCGAAAAGCCAUCGAAGAGGCGCGCGAAGCAAACGCUCCAAAGGAUUUAUACGCGAUUCUGGGAUUGACGCGCGAAGAUGCACAAGCGGAAGAUUGGCUUCGUGUUUUGAAACGUGCGUACAGAAAGCUGGCACUACUAUUACAUCCCGAUAAAAAUCCGGCGGUCGAUAAAGAGGAGGCGGAGGAGAAAUUCGAUGAACUCGUCAAGGCGUACAAGAUUCUGUCAAGCGAGACGCUUCGUCGCGAAUACGACGAGACCGGCAAGGUGAACUUGGGCGUUGACGCGCAAGCGACGAACGACUGGUUCGACAGUCACGCCGAUAGCCGUCGCACGAAUGACGGUCAACCGCCAAACGAUGGACUUAACGAGGAUGAUUACAUCUUCCGGUUUGAUAAGCGCGACGCCGGGGCGGAUGGCCGAGCGGCUGGUCAGUACGUGCACAAAGAAACGGGCGAACGGGUAUUCGGUGAACGCGACGUGCGCCCAGAAGAAGAUCAACAGGACGACGUCUGUGCGAAGAAAAAAGGAUACUGCAUCGCCGGACGAGGCGGCGCCGAGGCUCCGUCGCGCGCCAAGCACGUUCCGGGGGUCGAAUCGCUCGAGGUGAAAAUCGUUACGCCGAAUCUGCUCCCGGGAGAUACCGUGGCGGCGAGGCUCGUUCGAAACAUCUUUGGACUUCACAAGCUUGAGUUCAUCUUUGCUUUUGACGUCGAGUUACCGAGCGAAGAAGUUCGCGACAAGACUUUUCAAGACGCAGCGAAAACGCGUUUGAGAAGACUCGUGCGUACCCUGCACGCGUCCCUCGUCGGCCGCGACGGGGCGUCGACGCUCACGAGCAUGAUUGAAGAGCACAUCGUGAGUUCGUCGUCUUCAGAAGACGAUUCGAUCGUAGACUACGUGGCAUCCGCGAUGAGCGGUCGCGCACCACGCGUCGGAUCGCCUCACGAGACGCGGGAUCUUCUGGAUCGCUUUGCGUCGCGCGCCACGCGCGAGAUGAGACGGCUCGGCGCCUUGGGACUCAAUUCCGACGAUCGCACCGAUAAUUUCGUGCGCGUCGCGCGUGACUUGAUGUUCAACCCCUUGGUAUCGUCUCACUUGCUCUCAUUCACCGCCGACGACGCCGAAGACGCCUCACAGGUUCGAAGUCUCGUCGCCCUCUGGCGCGACGACGUCCCCAGCCGCGUCCUCGUCGACGGCGACGUCCUCUCCUACGAAAUCAAAUUCGUCGAUUCCGACAAGUCUCCCGACGCCGUGCGAGCGAUGUGCGCCACCUUAGACUUCGAAACCACCGCGGGCGACCGCCUCAGCGCCUUCCCCGACGCCAUCGAUCAAUUCGGCCUCGCCGCCGCCGUCGCCGCCGUCAAUUUCCGCGACGUCCUCGCGCGAGACGCCGUAAACGGUUGGAUCUCGCGUCGCAUCCCCAUCCCUUCCGGCCUCAUCGGCGCGCGCGUUUCGUCCUGGUUCAUCGUCGCCGCCCGCAUCGACGCCGGUCGCGCGUCCACGCGCGUCCGCGAGGUCAAAAUCAUCAACGCCUUCGCGGACGCCGACGACUUCGCCAUCCUCGAGCCGCGCGGACCCUGA